GGCACCUCCCCAAUUAUUUCCACAGUCCUUCAAGUCCAUAGAACGCCUACACAUGCACAUAAUGUCUUUUUGGCGAAUGUGUUGCUAUAGCUGAAGAAGGGUUCCCUCGCCUUUUCUAAAACGACCCCCACCCCCUGUUGCCGUUCCUGCGGAUCAUGGUGAGACAUUUUAAGGGAAUCUGGGUUCCUGCUUUGCGCACCCUGGCUAUUUUUUAUUUUAAAUCGUAAGAGGAAAGACAAAAAACAAACAAACAAAAAAAAAACACACAUAUGUUUCACGAGAAGCCGGUUUAUAUCCAUGUUUGAUCAGGCCACUAUCAUGGGCGAUGGAGUCGCCGAGGACAGAAGCCAUAGCUGUGGAUCCAACGCUCUUUGUCCGGACAGAGCGACAGACAAUAGGAGUCGUACCGAACUGGAGAGCCGAUCGCCCGGGCACGGACACACUGACACCCCGGGGACCUCUGCUUCGACCCCAACCUCUUCCAAAGAGAAAGUACACGACAGACUUUCAGGGGUGGACCCUGACUACUGCAGGAGGAUUUUAGUUCGAGAUGCCAAAGGGACGAUUCGGGAAAUAGUUCUCCCAAAGGGUCUGGAUCUGGACCGGCCCAAACGCACCCGGACGUCGUUCACUGCAGAGCAGCUGUACCGUCUGGAGCUGGAGUUUCAGCGCUGUCAGUAUGUGGUGGGCCGGGAGAGGACGGAACUGGCUCGGCAGCUCAACCUGUCCGAGACGCAGGUGAAGGUGUGGUUCCAGAACCGACGCACCAAGCAGAAGAAGGACCAGGCAAAGGACUCGGACAAGAAUCCUGCCUCCUCCUCUGAGUCCCUGGCCACCUGCAACAUACUGCGUCUCCUGGAGCAGGGCCGUUUGCUGACUGUGCCCCCUAACUCUCUGCUCAGCCCUUCGCCCAGUACCCUGGCACACUCCACCGGCAACGGCAGCCCCAGCAGCACCUCCCUGGCAGUCAGCAGCACUCUGCCCAGUGCGGGGGGCACCUACGGGCUGUCAGUGCCCUCGUUGGGUGCGCCUACCUCCCCUCGCCUAGGUGCCCCUUCCCUCUGCCUGCCAGUCUUGGGCAGCAUGCACAAAUUGCCAUCCGGCUAUGGCUGUGGGGUGUCGGCCUUCGAACCUUACACACGGAUUGAGAAAAAGGAGGCCGACUCAGGGGGCAGGAAGACCAGCUUUUAG